AAGUUUGCAGACCCACAGUUUCACACCGCAAAUGUCAUGCAAAGACAGGGACCGUUUUGAUUGGAACUUGGACUUGGGCUUGGAGGACAAGAAAGAAAUAAGUGAGUGUUAAGACUGUAAGAUAAAGCAAAUGGCAGCUCCUCUGCCUCUCAUUUUCAGGAACCCUCCUCUCCGUCUCUGCACUCACCAUCUUCUCUACCCUCCUCUUUCCAUAGCCAGAACCUCAACCAAACCUUUCUCUCUAAUUUCCUACUCUCCCACCAACACCAGGUCCUUUCCCAUCAUUAAUUCCACUCAGAUGGAAGGGGAUGAAAUUACAGAGGAAAUUACUGAGACAACUCAAACCAAUGUAGUUGGGAAGAAGAAAUUUUUUGUAGCUGGUGCCACUGGAAAUACUGGUAAAACAAUUGUUGAGCAGCUACUGGCUAAGGGGUUUGCAGUUAAAGCUGGAGUUCGAAACGUGGAGAAAGCCAAAGCUAGCCUUCCCCAAGACAACCCAGCUCUUCAAAUUGUGAAAGCAGAUGUGACAGAGGGUUCUGCCAAGCUAGCAGAAGCGAUAAGUGAUGAUUCAGAAGCAGUAAUUUGUGCCACAGGAUUUAGCUAUGGAUGGGAUUUGUUUGCUCCAUGGAAGGUUGAUAAUUUUGGCACAGUCAACCUUGUUGAAGCGUGCCGUAAACUUGGUGUGAACAGGUUUAUUCUUGUCAGUUCCAUCUUAGUCAACGGAGCAGCAAUGGGGCAGAUUCUCAAUCCAGCUUACAUAUUCCUUAAUGUUUUUGGACUGACCUUAAUAGCAAAGCUUCAGGCAGAGCAAUAUAUCAGGAAAUCUGGUAUAAACUAUACAAUAAUAAGGCCUGGGGGGUUGAAAAAUGAUCCUCCCACAGGAAACCUUGUGAUGGAGCCAGAGGACACUCUUUCUGAUGGCAGUAUCUCCAGAGAUCUGGUUGCAGAAGUAGCUAUAGAGGCAUUAGUAAAUCCUGAAGCAUCUUACAAGGUUGUGGAGAUUGUUUCGCGUCCUGAUGCCCCGAAGCGUUCAUAUGAGGAUCUUUUUGGCUCCAUCAAGCAACGGUGACCUUUGAUCACUGAGUUUGCUUCCAGAUUAUUAUGUUGGCAUAUUAGUAUCCCAAAUUUUAGUAGCCUUCUCAUGGAAGAUAUAUAUGUGCUUGCCUAUAAUGUUCCUUUUGCAUUAUCGUUUCUUUUAGUUACUUUGGUAUAUAUGAAUCUGGCAACGGAUUAUUGUUCCA